GUCGGGUAUCUCGCCUCUGAUGUUGUGAUAGAAAUCAGUGGUCGUCGCAACCAAAAUGGUGAAGCAAUAGCACUUACACACAUUGUAAGUUACAGCUUUAGCUAAGUUUGAGUAUGGCAGACAGAAAGGGAAAACCUGUCACUCCAGUCAAAACACUAACAAAAAAAGAACAAGAAGAGCUCAAGAAGAAGGAAGAAGAAAAAGCAGCAGAAGUUUUUGAAGAAUUUUUGGCAUCAUUUGAGACAUCGAGUGAGAAAAGCAGAGUGAAAACCUUUGUGCGUGGGGGUAUCGUGAAUGCAACUAAAGAGGAGGAAGCAGCAGAGGUCAAGAAAAAUAAGCUGUAUCGUCCUGCCUCAAAGUUUGUCCCUGUGUCCCAGCAUGUCUCGUCAGCAUCGUCUGCUGAAAACAAAAAGUCUAGUUUUAAAAGAAAGACGGAAGAAAAGAAGAAGAGUAACCUCGAACUCUUUAAAGAAGAACUUAAGCUAAUACAAGAAGAGCGAGAGGAAAGACACAAAAGGAAGAAAAAUGACCCUGUCGGAGGAGGAGGAGGAGGGGGAGGGUAUGGAGAUGUGGACAUACCAUUAUCAGGACGAUCAACACUUUAUGAUGACUUAACAGUGCCAACCACCACUAACCUCUACAUUAGCUGCAUUAGCCCAAAGAUGAACGAGGAGUUGCUCUGCAAAGAGUUUGGUAAGUAUGGUCCCCUGGCCAGUGUGAAGAUAAUGUGGCCCCGAACAGACGAGGAGCGCUGCCGGACUUCCAACAGAGCCUUUGUGGCUUUCAUGACACGGAAAGAUGCAGAGAGAGCUUUGGCUGCGCUUGAUGGUAAAGUGAUUAUGGGAUUUGAAAUGAAGCUGGGAUGGGGUAAACCAGCUCGCAUUCCACCUCAGCCUCUCUACACACCGGUGGGGGUGAGGGCCACACCACCACCCCCAUCUGGUCUGCCUUUCAAUGCUCAGCCAAGGGAUCGCUUCCGUAAUGACUUCACCAAGCCGCUGGGCAUGUCUAAAGGGGAGCUUGACAAGACUCUGUCCGAAGCCGUAGUCAAAGUGGUUAUCCCAACCGAAAGGAAUUUAUUAUUCCUCAUUCACAGAAUGAUAGAGUUUGUGGUGCGUGAAGGGCCCGUUUUUGAAGCCAUGAUAAUGAACAAGGAAAAAAACAACCCCGAUUACAGGUUUCUUUUCGACAACAAAAGUCAAGAUCACGUGUACUAUCGCUGGAAACUAUUUACUGUCCUCCAGGGAGAAUCCCUAACCGAGUGGAGGACCACAGAUUUUCGCAUGUUUCGGGGCGGCUCCAUCUGGAGACCCCCUGUCCUAAACAACUACUCACAGAGAGGUGAAGAGAAGGCAGAAGUGGAGGAGGAAGCUUCCCCUGAGGAAGAGGUGAAGAAAGGGCAGCUCAGAGCCGAGCACAGACAGAGACUGGAGACGCUGGUUAAAGAGCUCACCCCAAGCAGAGAAGAUAUCGCCAAUGCCAUGCUGUUCUGUCUCGAGCGAGCAGAUGCAGCAGAGGAAGUGGUGGCACACGUCACUGAGUCUUUUUCAUUGCUUCAGACACCCCUGCAGAAGAAGAUUGCCAGAUUGUACCUUGUGUCAGACAUCUUGCAUAAUUCGUGUGCCAAAGUAGCCGGUGCCUCAUAUUAUCGUAAAUAUUUUGAAACAAAGCUAAUGCAGAUAUUUGGAGAUCUUAAUUCAGCGCACAAAAACAUACAAGCCAGGCUACAGGCUGAACAAUUUAAGCAAAAGGUUAUGAGUUGUUUUAGAGCAUGGGAGGACUGGGCCAUAUACCCGGAGCCUUAUCUAAUCCACCUUCAAAACAUCUUCCUGGGCUUUGCCAAAGUAGGGGAGGAGUCGAUAGAGGCGGCAGAGGAAGUAUCCUCUGAUCUCGACGGUGCGCCAAUGGACAGCUCACUUAUAGAUGGGUUACCUUUAGACAGAGCUUCUGCAGAAGACCUGGAUGGCUGCCCCCUGGGAUGGGACCCUCUGGAUGGAGUCCCUGUUGAUGACAUAGAUGGUGUUCCUUUAGGAGCCGCCAUAGACGACAUUGAUGGAAUGCCCUUGGAUGACAGCAACGCGCCUCUCUCCAGAGUGCCUUUGUCUAAGUGGGAGAAGACAGGUGAUACUGCAACAUUUUCUCAAGCCAACACUGAGUCUAAGUGGGACACUGUGGUCGAGCCUGGCAGUGAGGAUGAAGUGAAUGUAAGUGUCAACUCACAGGACGGAGAUGAGGACUCAGACAGUGACAGCAGUGAUGACUCCUGCAGUUUGUCCAAAUAUGACAGUGCAGACUUCCAGAGCUCCCUCAGAAGUUUUCAAAUGUCAGAGAGCAAAAGGAAAAGGUUGAGAGAGCUGGAGGUGAAGGUUAUGAAGUUUCAAGAUGAGCUGGAAUCUGGAAAAAGGCAGAGGAAGUCAGGGAUGAGCAUUCAACAACAGGUGGCACACUACAGGAACAAACUGUUACAGAAGGAGUUUGAAAAUGAUGAAGAAAAGAAUGAAAGAUCGACACUGAAGUCUAAAGACAGAUCGAAGGAUGACAGAAAAGACAAAGAGAGGAGCAAAAGAAGUGAGGACGGGGAACGAAGACGAGGACAUAGCAGAGAUUCUGACGAGCAGACACGACAAUCGAGGAGCAUCUCUCCCUUAAAGACAAAGUCUCCCAAAUGGUCCAAACGGUCACGAUCACCAUCUCCAGACCGGAAGGCACGGAAGUCCAGGUCACGCUCACCACAUCGCUCCCACAAGAAGACAAAGAAGAGUAAACACUGACUUCUCAACCCUGGACCU